AUGCAACAAUACAAGAGAAGGGGAACGGAGAUCAUCCGUGAAUCACAACGCCGGAGAUUAGCCAGCGUUGAUUUCGUCGAUGAGAUCAUCAAGCUCGACAAAGAAUGGCGUCAGCGUCAAUUCGAAGUAGAUGCUUUACGAACGGAGUUCAACAAGCUGAACAAGCAAGUAGCCAAGCUCAAAAUCUCUGGUGGUGAUGCGAGUGAGCUGAUUCAGCAAGCGGAGAAGAACAAACAAGACGCUCUUAAGAAGGAAAAGGAAGUUGGUGAUGCUUAUGCUAAGCUCAAAGAGGACUUGGUGAAAGUUGGAAAUCUCGUCCCUGACUCAGUUCCAGUUAGUAACGAUGAGCCGGUUUUUGCGCCUGGUAAGAAGGUGAUGAACCAUGUGGAUCUCGUUGAGAAUACCUUCAUUGCAGAUACUAAGAGAGGUGCUGAAAUUGCUGGAGGAAGAGGUUAUUUCCUGAGAGGACAUGGUGUGCUACUUAACCAUAAGCUGUUAUCAACUUGGGGCUAG